AGACACACACACGCACACACACAUGCAACACACACGCGCGCGCGCGCGUGCGCCGUUUGAGCCGCAGCGCCAGUUGGAGACGCACUGACUUUCUCACUACAUGGUGCUCCGUUACCCGUUCGCCAGGUGCUGAAAGCCUGUGGAGCGCUGAACCGUCUCAGAGGUGGCGCAGCCUGGUUCUUGCGGCAGACCAGCGUCAUAUGUCAACCUGAUGGUGCUGCGGUGCACUUUUCAGCCCGAGCAGCAAUUAGCCUAAGAGUUGGCUGUGCUUCUCUGCUGAUCAUCCCAACAACUCGAGACCAUGACUAGUCUGAAGCGUUCUCAUACAGAGCGCUCUGUCGGGGGGUCUGUCCCUGCCACCGAUGAGUUUUACACCCGCCGUCUCCGCCUGCCUAAUGGAGGGGCACCACCCCCCCGCAGCGAGAGUGCUCACCUGUCAGGUUGCACGACCGGUGUUCCGAAAAUGGGCGUGAGAGCUAGAGUGGCCGACUGGCCUCCCCGCAAGGAAGGAGGAGGACUGUGGCACAUUACCGUGGAAACUGACUCGCCCAGCACGGUUGGGGGGGCGCAGAGUAACGUUCCUGCAAAGCUAGGCCACCUGGUCAGCCCCCAGGACUCCUCCGUGCUGCGCAACAUUCACAACACGCUCAAGAGCAAGAUGCAGAAUGCCAGCCGGGGUAAGGACAACCGCUUUCUGUCUCCUGAUGGCUACCCUGGCUCCCCUCGCAAAGGAAUGCGCCGCAUUCGUCAGAGAAGCAACAGCGAUAUCACUAUUAGUGAGCUGGAUGGGGAUGGAGCUGAGGGUUGGUCCUUUUCAGGGUGGGCUCCCAUGCACAGGGAGUACGGCAGCACUUCUUCCAUUGACAAGCACGGCAGUUCUGGAGAGAGCUUCUUCGACAUGGUGAAAGGUUACCACGGUGACCUGUCCAGUCGGCGCAGUCCUUUAUCGGAGAAAAUCGGGGACCUGCUCACUGUUGCCCCCAAACUAGCAGGACUGGAUCUCAGCGAAGGACCUAUUGGGAUUCAUCGCAGUAGUCCUGCGAGUCGUUUGAAGGACCGGGAAAAACCCCUCAAGAAGCGAUCAAAGUCCGAAACGGGGGGCGAAUCAAUAUUUAGAAAGCUACGCAGCACACGAGGGGAGGGUGGUUGUGAUUCCCGAGCGGGGUCUGAUGCGGAGGAUGGACGUUCUGAAGAUGGGGGCCCGCCUCCCAAGCCAUGGACCUGCCAGAAAGGAUUUGCACACUUCGACAUUCAGAGCCUCCUGUUCGAUCUGAACUUGGCGGCUCAGAGCGGGCAGUCGGCAAACAGGCGCAAGAACAUCACUACGGGUGCCUCAGCUGCCGCAGCUGCCUCUGCCUCUGCUCCCUCUUCCCUCUCGUCCUCCCAGACUGGGGCAUACAGCUCACCCUGUGGCAGCCAGGAGGAACUCAGCACGAAGGACAGCCCAACCUUGGACCCUGGUGACGACAAGAGUAAUGAGCUCGUGCUCAGCUGCCCGUGCUUUCGUAAUGAGAUUGGGGGUGAGGGCGAGAAAGACAUUAACUUAUCGAAGCUGGGCAGCAUUGGCAGCGGAGGAUCCACAGGAGGGGAGGAUAGCUUAUUUGAAGCCUCCCUUAGCAUGCGCUAUCCCAAUUCCGCAGUGGCCAUCUUGGAGGUACCAAAGGACAGUCAGGGCAUACACAAUGAUCUGAGCAAACGUUACUUCUUGGAGCAUGUGGACCUGGGUUCGUGUUACUACAGGAAGUACUUUUACUUAAGAGAGCACUGGAAUUACUUUGGAGUAGAUGACACACUGGGGCCUGUGGCCAUCAGUCUGCGAAGGGAAAGACUAGAAGACCACAAGGAUCAUGGCCCACAGUACAAUUACAGGGUCAUUUUCCGCACUAGCGAGCUAACUACACUACGGGGUUCAAUCCUUGAAGAUGCCAUACCAGCUACGGCCAAGCAUGGUAUGCCACGUGGGCUGCCCCUCAAAGAGGUUUUGGAAUACCUCCUACCUGAGCUGAACACUCACUGCCUGCGACUGGCUCUCAACACGCCUAAGGUCACAGAGCAACUGAUGAAACUGGAUGAGCAAGGGCUCAGCUUCCAGCUCAAGGUGGGAGUCAUGUACUGCCAGGCAGGCCAGGGCAACGAGGAGGAGAUGUAUAACAAUGAGGCUGCAGGCCCGGCCCUGGAAGAAUUCCUUCAGUUGUUGGGAGAACGUGUGCGCCUCAAGGGUUUCACCAAGUACCGCGCUCAACUUGACACACAAACUGAUUCCACUGGCACCCAUUCUCUCUACACCACCUACAAGGACUAUGAGAUCAUGUUCCAUGUAUCCACCAUGCUGCCCUACACACCCAACAACAAACAACAGCUCCUGCGGAAACGGCACAUUGGGAAUGACAUUGUGACCAUCGUGUUCCAGGAGCCUGGCGCCCAGCCCUUCACCCCCAAAAACAUCCGUUCCCAUUUCCAACAUGUUUUUGUUAUUGUGCGUGCACACAGCCCGUGCUCCGACAGCACCUGCUACAGUGUUGCAGUCGCACGCUCUAAAGACGUACCCCCUUUUGGACCCACGAUACCAAAGGACACAACCUUUCCAAAAUCAGCCGUUUUCCGGGACUUUCUGCUGACUAAGGUCAUUAAUGCCGAGAACGCUGCCCACAAGUCAGAAAAAUUCCGAGCCAUGGCGAUGCGCACGCGGCAGGAGUACCUGCGAGACCUGGCUGAGCGCCAUGUAACCAGCACACCUAUCGACUCCUCGGGCAAGUUUCCCUUCAUCUCUCUGGCCCACAAACGCAAAGAGAAGAGCCGACCCUAUGCUGGGGCAGAACUCAGGAGCAUAGGUGCCAUUUCCUGGCCUGUGCAUGCAGAGGAUCAGGCUACAGGGAGCCAGCUGGACUGUCUGCUUGCCAUCUCAAAUGAGUUUCUUGUCCUCCUGGAUAUGAAUGCUAAAUUAGUGGUGUUCAAUUGUCAAGUGAAAGAUGUCAUUGGCUGGACACUUGGCAGCCCCAUCUUCAUGAAAAUUUUUUAUGAGCGUGGGGAGAGCAUUGUUCUGCACUCUAUCAACAACAGCACAGAAGACUUUCGUGAGAUUAUCUUACGCCUGGAGUUACUGACAAAGGGCUGUGCAACCAUGGAUUUGACGCUACACAGGAAUGGCUUGGGCCAGCUGGGUUUCCAUAUCAACUAUGAGGGCAUUGUGGCUGAGGUGGAACCCUAUGGCUAUGCCUGGCAGGCGGGUCUUCGCCAGGGCAGUCGCCUGGUAGAGAUAUGCAAUGUGUCAGUGGCUUCACUCUCCCACGAGCAGAUGAUUGAUCUGCUGCGCACAUCGGUGACGGUCAAAGUUGUGGUCAUCCCCCCAUAUGAGGACGGCACACCACGCAGGGGGUGCACCGAAGUUGCCCGCACUGCGGGGGAGCAAAAGGGCAGUAUAGAGGGUAUCCCUCAUGAAUCCAAGUUCCCCUUCCGCAGCAAUAAUAAGUGGCAACGCACAACUACCAGUCCUCAGCAGUCCCUCACAGCCUCACCACAAAGUCAUGGGGGAACUCCGAGCAGGACUGUAAGCCUGGGGAGCAGCAUGGGCAAAGCACUGUCUGCUGAGAGGCCCGAGAGGGUAGCUGCCAUUCCCCGCAGUGUGUCUAGUGAUGGACGGCCAUUUGAGGGUAAAAGGAUGCCUGCAGGAUCUGAUACCUAUGCGCUUUCUCCUUCCAUGAUCACAAGCCGAUCGUCACACAACCGGCUGUCCCCCAGCAGCCUUUCCUUCUCCACCGAUACAAGCUCUGCGAGUUCUUCCCAUCGUCGCCAGAAGUCAAUGCCAGAAGGAUUUGUGAUGAGACCUUCUUCACUUUGUGUGGAUCCACAAAGCACCAGGGACACAGGCAGCGCCAAUAAGCCGUCAUCCAGUAGGCUUCGGACAGAGGAUGGAAUUGGUGAGGGAACAGAAAAAGCCCCAGCAGACGUUUCGGUCACCAAAUCAGGCCAGCCGUUUUCCAGCGCACCUCGCAUUCAGAGGCAGGAACAGGUUAUCCAUUUGUCCCCCAAGAAGAACAUCCAGCCUGAUGCUACUUGCUCUGGUCACUCCAGCAGUAACACGCUGUCCAGCAGCACUUCCAGUAGUACCCACAGUGAUGAAAAAUGGUAUGAAACCAGCAGCAAGGGAGAGCAGCCUGAUGCAGAGCACAGCAGAUGUGGGGCUAAUGGGCUGCAAGGCACAUCCGUGGACAGUGGUGCAAACAACACAUCGAGUGGCAGUUCCAGCACCAUCCUGGUUGUUGGUCCUGCAGUUCCCAGAGAGAAACACACUUCAAUCUGGCAGUUCACCUCCGUAGAAGCAGGCCGUCGCCAGCUGGAGAGGUUACCACAGGUUGUUGAGGCCACCAUCCCGCCUGGGACUGAGACGCCCUCCAGAAGUUCCUCUGGCCUCAUCAGCAUGGCUUCCCAUUCAAGUUCACGAAGAUGUGGGAGUCCUCUGGUGUUGAGAUCAAGCCGCAGUGCUCCUCAUGAAGAUUCUUCCUUGGCUACCUCCUCCUCGUCACAGAGCUCCGCCCUUCAAGGGCCCAAGUCCUUCUACCCUAGGCAAGGUGCCACCAGCAAGUACUUGAUUGGCUGGAAGAAGCCAGGUGGAACCAUCAAUUCUGUGGACUUUGGGGACACGUGCAAGCGACCCCAGAGUGAUGGGAAAGAUGGAAUGCAGUCACAGUCAAUGGCCUCUGCAACUGACCAGGCCUCACCUGCAGCGGAAGAGAAUUUCACCCCCCUGGAAACACUGUCAACAAGGGACAAACAAAAACCUUCGUCCUCAACAUCCUCCCCGGCCCGCCACUCCCUGCAUCGCACACUAUCAGACGAGAGCAUCUACCGAGGGUUGCGUAGGCCAGCUCCCGGCAGUCCGCUACUGGAGCCGGAGUCGCCAAGCGACGUGCUCUUCAGCUGUUCCACAUUGCCACGCUCCCCCACUACUCGAGGACCCCCCCUGCGGCGACCUUCCUACAAGAUGGGUGUCAAGUUGCAUGGUGACUUUUCGGCCUCGGACACAUCUUUGGCAGAUCUACAGGAUCGCCAGGGCCAGUUGCAGCAAGGCUCAUUAUUGAUGCCUCUUCCAGACAGUCGUUCAAGCAGUUACCUGGGAUGGAAUAGUCUGGUGGAUGCUCCGGACGCCUUUGAAAUCCAGACUUCCACGUUCUUUCCAGCAAAAGAUGGAAAGAUUAGAGUUGAAACACCAACCUCUAGUCCAAAGCAUGCUGAACAACAACUCAGCCUGCAGACCAGAUCUUCUCCCAGCAUUGAGACUCAUGAUGGGCUUGCUGGAAAGGUCAUUCAGCUGGAGUCUAUGGUAAAGCGCCUUCAAGAAACCCUGAAGAAGGAGAGAGAGGAAAAGGUGAAGCUACAUGCCCAGAUCCAGAGUCUACAGCAAGAAAACCAACGCUUGUUGCAGGAGUCCCAGAGUGCUUCAGCCAAACUCAAGAAGUUCACAGAGUGGGUCUUUACCACCAUAGACAUGAGCUGAGUGACAGGAGUGAUUUACAGUUCAGAGGAGAUAAGUUCAUUCAACAGACAAGGGCUUUGACAUACAAGCUCACAACUGACAAAAGUUAGUUUGCUUCACAUGCUAUUCCGAUGGUACUGAUAAUAAACCGAAUUAAUUUGAAGCGCAUCGGAUACACUGAAUA